UGCCUCUGAUCUGGACACUAAACAGAGAACAUCCCUGGUCAUCCCUACUACCUCUGAUCUGUUGGACUCACUAAACAGAGAACAUCCCAUGUCAUCACUACUGCCUCUGAUCUGGAGGACUCACUAAACACACAUGCAUAGUUUGUAUAGAGUGUUAAAGUGUGCCCCUGGCAACCAUAAAUACAAAAAAAAACAAGAAUGAAUCAUGACAUCUGGUUUGUUUAAUAUACUUGUAGACUUUUACCCAAGAAGUAUUUUACUCAGUGACUUUCACUUUUACUUGAGAUAUUUUUUAUGAAGGUAUCGUUACUUUUACUCAAGUAUGACAAUUGGGUACUUUUUCCACCACUCGUGUGUAGGUUUUUUUGUUUUGGCUCUGAGACGAUGCGGGCUCUGAGACCAUGCGGCACAUGCCAUCAUCGGCGUCAAAGAUGAUCUAUUAUCUUGACAAGAAAGCCGAGGGACCGCGCAAACUACAUGUCCUCAAUGAGUGAAGUCAAGUGAGAUCAGGUGGGCCCAUUGUAGCCACUGAGAGGGCAGACAUGCGUGCGAACAACACGCAUAACUGAGUCGUUUUUCUUAAAGUUUCCGAAAUGUCACAUGCACCCACUUAUAUCAGUACAUUUGUAACAGACUAAACAUUACGAAAUGUAUAUUCGAUCAAAUAAGCCUCACGUAAUUCGACACUCUCUCGUAGACCUCCAUACAAAAAGGUUUUAGCUCAGGGAGACAGAUUUUGGGUGGAGUAAAUCCUCUCACUUCUCUUCCUCUCUGUUGGCGGCCAUAAUAAACCCCUGUAGGUGAAAUCAGUGGAUGAGAGACGGUUGAGGAACACGGCCGUAACAAUCUAUUUUUCAGUAUCAAGACGCGUUUCUCAUACAUAUAUAUAUUUUUUUCUCUCGAGAACUGCCAUUAUUUACGUUGAUAUAAUAUUAUGGUGUGAAGAUGGCCUGACGGCCGGGGACGGAAUGUUAAUCUCACCAACGCUUCUCCAAUAUAUCCGCGUUGACCAGUAUCUCUACUCCUGGGACUUGAACAUGGAUAUCGCCGAUGGAGCGGAGGAUCUUUCCUUGGAGGAGAUUUUAUCGUUGUACAGCCAGCCGAUCAACGAAGAGCAGGCAUGGGCUGUUUGUUACCAAUGUUGCAGAACUUUGGCUCGGAAACACCGCAGGAGAAAUUCCCAGACUUCUGGCUCAUCUGUUGGGGAUUUGCCGAGAAGGAUUGAAGGACCUGGCGAUGUACGGAUUCUGAGAGAUGGAACAGUUCAAUUGCACCACCAAGACCGCACAGAUAAAUACAGACCUCCCAACACGUCCUUAGAGAGCCCAGUGCCCACCAUGGAAACCAUGAGCGACCAUUUGUACUGAGUUGGCGUGAUAACGGCAUAGACGGCUUGGCGCUGAGAUAAGGGGUUUCUCUCUCUCCUUUAUCACUCUCCAGCUCCCAGACAUUUGAUUGUCACACUGAAUUGGAAGGCUCUAGAUAUAUACUUUUUUUGUUGCUUUUUUUCAGUGUUUUCAUUGAAUUGGAAAAAAGCUAAAUCACUGAAACGGACAUUGAAUCUCAAUGGAAUAAAACACUGACAGGAGUUGAGGCUGUGGAAAUCUACCCACACUGCACCUAUGUCAAUAUAAGGCUUGUCUCUAAACAAUUGUUGGAAAAAUUACUUGUCAUGGACAAAGUAGAUGUCGUAACCGACUUGCCAAAACUAUAGUUUGUUAACAAGACAUUUGUGCAGCGGUUGAAAAACGAGUUUUAAAGACUCCAACCUAAGUGUAGACACAUUCACACACUUUACUUUGUUGAAAGGGUAACAAUGGCACAGUUUGGAAGAGGAAUAGGCAAAGCAUGAAUAUGUUAGCUACAUUAACUACCUAAGAGAACAUUUUAAUGUAGCCGAAGAUUAUAGGGUCCCAUAGGAAAUACUGACCAACACUUUGGUUCCUAACCUGUCACAAUAACUCGUCCCUAGCAUUUGCAUUCGUUGUCAUGUUGAAUACUGUAU